AUGGAGAAGCCGCGCGGCGUCGAGGAGGUUCCUUCCUCGGAGCCGAUGGAGGAAGAGGAGGAAGAGGGGGACUUGGAGCUGUUCGGUGGCUAUGACAGUUUCCGCGGCUGUAACAGCAGCGCGGGCAGCGAGAGCAGCUCCUGCCUGGAGGAGUCCAGCGAAGCCGAGACUGAGGAGCGGGAGGCCGGGGAGCUGCCCACCUCCCCGCUGCAUCUGCUCAGCCCGGGGACUCCGCGCUCCUUGGACGGCAGUGGUUCCGAGCCAGCUGUCUGUGAGAUGUGUGGUAUCGUGGGUACAAGGGAAGCCUUCUUCUCCAAGACCAAGAGGUUCUGCAGCGUCUCCUGUUCCAGGAGCUACUCCUCCAACUCCAAGAAAGCCAGCAUCUUGGCUCGAUUACAGGGAAAGCCGCCCACGAAGAAAGCCAAAGUCCUGCACAAGGCGGCCUGGUCGGCCAAGAUCGGAGCUUUUCUCCACUCGCAGGGGACGGGGCAGCUGGCCGAUGGGACACCCACAGGGCAAGACGCGCUGGUCCUGGGCUUCGACUGGGGGAAGUUCCUGAAGGACCACAGUUACAAGGCCGCCCCUGUCAGCUGCUUUAAACACGUCCCCCUCUAUGACCAGUGGGAGGAUGUGACGAAGGGGAUGAAGGUGGAGGUGCUCAACAGUGACGCCGUGCUCCCCAGCCGGGUGUACUGGAUCGCCUCCGUCAUCCAGGCCGCAGGGUACCGAGUGCUGCUUCGGUAUGAGGGCUUUGAAAACGAUGCCAGCCACGACUUCUGGUGCAACCUGGGAACUGUGGAUGUCCACCCCAUCGGCUGGUGUGCCAUCAACAGCAAGAUCCUGGUGCCCCCGCGGACCAUCCAUGCCAAAUUCACCGACUGGAAGGGCUACCUCAUGAAACGGCUGGUGGGCUCCAGGACGCUCCCCGUGGAUUUUCAUAUCAAGAUGGUGGAGAGCAUGAAGUACCCCUUCCGCCAGGGCAUGCGGCUGGAGGUGGUGGACAAGUCCCAGGUGUCUCGGACCCGCAUGGCCGUGGUGGACACGGUCAUCGGGGGCCGCCUGCGGCUCCUGUACGAGGACGGCGACAGCGACGACGACUUCUGGUGCCACAUGUGGAGCCCCCUGAUCCACCCCGUGGGCUGGUCCCGGCGCGUGGGCCAUGGCAUCAAGCUGUCAGAGAAGCGCAGCGACAUGGCCCAUCACCCCACCUUCCGGAAGAUCUACUGUGACGCCGUCCCUUACCUGUUCAAGAAGGUUCGCGCUGUGUACACAGAAGGCGGCUGGUUUGAGGAGGGGAUGAAGCUGGAGGCCAUCGACCCCCUGAAUCUGGGCAACAUCUGCGUGGCCACCAUCUGCAAGGUCCUCCUGGAUGGCUACCUGAUGCUCUGUGUGGACGGGGGGCCCUCCACCGACGGCUCGGACUGGUUCUGCUACCACGCCUCCUCCCACGCCAUCUUCCCAGCCACCUUCUGCCAGAAGAACGACAUUGAGCUCACUCUCCCGAAAGGCUACGACAGCCGCACCUUCACCUGGGACAGCUACCUGGAAAAGACCAAGUCGAAGGCGGCUCCGUCCAGACUCUUUAACAUGGACUGCCCCAACCACGGCUUCAGGGUGGGCAUGAAGCUGGAGGCCGUGGACCUGGCGGAGCCGCGGCUCAUCUGCGUGGCCACGGUGAGGCGGGUGGUGCACCGUCUCCUCGGCAUCCACUUUGACGGCUGGGACAGCGAGUACGACCAGUGGGUGGACUGUGAGUCCCCGGACAUCUACCCCGCCGGCUGGUGCGAGCUCACCGGCUACCAGCUCCAGCCGCCUGUGGCCACAGAGCCAACCACGCCGCUGAAGGCCAAGGAGGCCACGAAGAAGAGGAAGAAGCAGUUUGGGAAGAAGAGGAAGAGGAUUCCUCCGGCCAAGGUGCGGCCCCUGAGACCGGGCUCCAAGAAGCCGCCGCUGGAUGAGGACGCCCAGGCCCCGGAGAGGGUCUCGGCGGCGGCCAGUCCGGACGAGAUCAUCGCCGUGCGCGUGAAGGAGGAGCACGUGGAAGCGGCCACGCCUGACAAGGCCCGGAGUCCGGAGCUGCCCGUGUCCAUCGAGAACAUCAAACAGGAGGCAGAGGACUGA